AAAUAAUUCAUUCCUUGGGUUCAUACGCAUCAUGUGCGCGUGGCGACUGAGCUGUUUCUCGUUCACUCCUCCACACGGGCAUCCCCUAUUUCCCACUACGCCAGUGCAAUGUCUGGGAAAAUUCCGUUCAAAAUCAUCCCCCAACGUAACAAAGGAAAUCAUUCCGCUCCCGACUCAUCUUUACAACCGCCGCUCCCGGGCCCCUCGACUUCCUACGAGUCGCCUCGUGUUCCCCAGAUCAAUAUCACUGAUGCGCAGAUACCCCGAGAUCACGACAACACUCACAGCGAUCGACACGGGUUGCCGACGGAGUCUUAUCUUGAGCCCACAGUGACCGUCCAGGCCGUGCUUUCCAUUGACAGAGAUUCGAAGAAAUCGGAAUCGUUUAUGCGUCGUCUAGUCGGAAGUGCCCGUAGGAAAUUGAGCCCUCAUCGCAGCAGGCCUAGUGCCCCCAAUCUCGUUGAACAAUCCAGGCCAGACACGCCCCUCCAGCUGUCCGCUAAUGAUGCAGUACUUCCUUCAUUUCCCCUCGCCCGUGGGGGAAAUAUUGAUAAUUCUCAUGAAACAUCUGGCUCGUAUGCCACACAUGACAAUGGCCUGAGCGUUCAUGCACAAUUGGAACGCGAGGGUAUUAACGUGCCCCCCUUAUCGGAACACGCGAUCACACCAUCGACCAGCUCAGGCAGUGAUCGACAGGAUGUAAUCAUCGGCGUUAUUAGACUCAUUCUCCAAAAUGCGACUUCCGCCCUCAAAUUUGCUCCGAUUCCGAAUCUUGAUGCAAUCCCGAACUUGCUUUUGAAGUGGCUCGAUGUCUACGAGACUGUCGGUGGAAACGACGAAAGUCUUAAAGGAUUGGACGAUGACAUCCGAAAAGCCUACGACACCAUUUUGCAGCCACUCGCGCUGUCGACUGACCGUAUACCCGAUGAAGUGAUUUUUUUCGUCAGGGGGUUUCACUCGGCCCUGGAAGCACAAAUAAAAGAGGUUAAUGCACUCAAUAAUCAAGGUCCCGUGAAGAGGACGAUCUUAGCAACCGAAAUCGCCACGAGGAUAAGCGAUGUGAAGACACUCAGGCAACUACUUUAACGCUGCUUCGUACAAUCGAAGCAUCGGUGCAAUCUGAACUUAAACGGCUUGGGGAAGUCGCGGCCGAGCACACUUACGUGAAAAGCAAGUCAGAAUGCCUUCCAAG